UAUUCGGUCCAUCGGUAAACCAAAGUCUUCUCCACAUGAAAAAAUGAGAGCUCUGUAUCAUCAUGCAUGGCGAGGUUAAGAAACGCUGGUGCCUCUCUUCUCAACCUGGCUGGCUGGCUGGCUGGCUAUUAUUCUUCAUGCCGUUCGCCAGGCCAAAGAAGAAGGAACUGGUUCUGGGAUUCUGCAUGAGGGAAGAAUUUCAGAACACUGUCAAAGGUUCUUCAUCACAUUUUUUCUUUUAGUUACUGAGUGGGACGUUACAGUGGGAAGCAACAUGAGCAAUUCAUAUCAGUGUAGAUAGCUUUGGUUAAGACAUGUUGGACAGCAGUGUGAAUGAGGUGAGGUAGCCAAGGAUGGCGCGCGGUCGGAUAAGGGCGAGGAUCCGCCGGAGCCACCUCUACACAUUUGCAUGCCUUCGCCCGAGCACUGUUGAGGGAGAUGAACCGCACCCUAUCCAAGGCCCUGGAUACUCAAGACGUGUGCAUUGCAAUGCAUCGCAUAUGCAUAAGAAGCAGCCUCUCAAAUACUCCUCGAAUUAUAUAUCCACAACCAGGUACAAUGUCAUCACAUUCCUGCCAAAAGCAUUUUUCGAGCAAUUCCGCCGCGUUGCCAACAUAUACUUCCUUGUUGCUGCAAUCUGCUCUCUCUUUGAGUUCUCUCCGUUCUCGCCAACGAGCAUGAUUGCGCCUCUGGCAUUCGUUCUCGGGGUUAGUAUGGCCAAGGAGGCCGUAGAAGAUUGGCGCAGGUUUAUUCAGGACUUAAAGGUUAAUGCCCGCAAGGUUAGUGUUCAUAAAGGAGGUGGCGUCUUUGGUCGUAAGCAGUGGCGAAAGAUUCGGGUGGGCGAUGUUGUGAAAGUGGAGAAGGAUAAAUUUUUCCCCGCGGACUUGCUUCUGCUGUCGUGUUAUGAGGAUGGCCUUUGCUAUGUAGAAACUAUGAAUUUAGAUGGCGAGACGAACUUGAAGGUGAAGAGAUCGCUGGAGGUCACCUUACCCUUAGAUAGUGAUGAGAGUUUCAAAGAUUUUGCUGGAGUGAUCAGAUGUGAAGACCCAAAUCCUAGUCUUUACACUUUCGUGGGUAAUUUGGAGUAUGACAGGCAAAUCUAUCCCUUGGAUCCGAGCCAGAUCCUUCUUAGGGACUCAAAGCUGAGGAAUACGGCUUACAUUUAUGGUGUGGUAGUUUUCGCUGGUCAGGACAGCAAGGUCAUGCAAAACUCGACCAAGUCCCCUUCUAAGCGAAGCAGCGUUGAGAAGAAGAUGGACCGCAUCAUUUAUGUUCUGCUCGCUACUCUUCUUGCAGUCUCCAUUAUUAGUUCAAUGGGUUUCUUUAUACAGACAAAGUAUCAAAUGCCGGAUUGGUGGUAUUUAGAACCCCAAAGUCCUCAAUCUUGUUAUGACCCCGCCCAAGCGGCCACAUCAGGGUUCUGCCACUUUGUCACUGCUCUCAUGCUGUAUGGCUACUUAAUACCCAUCUCUCUGUACGUGUCCAUUGAGGUGGUGAAGUUUUUACAAGCUAUAUUCAUAAACCAAGACAUCAACAUGUACGAUGAGGAGAGCGGAACUCCUGCUCAAGCGAGGACGUCCAAUCUGAAUGAGGAAUUGGGCCAGGUUGAUACGAUUCUGUCCGAUAAGACGGGAACAUUGACCUGCAAUCAGAUGGAUUUCCUCAAGUGUUCCAUUGCUGGUACAGCCUUUGGCGUGAGAUCCAGCGAAGUUGAGAUUGCCGCUGCUAAGCAGAUGGCCAUCGAUCCCGCGGAGCAAGAAUCAGUUGCUUCAAGUCGUCUCGGGGCAUCAGAAAUCGGAUUGGAGAGAGUAGUUACUUUGGCGGAUGAACAGGGUCCGAAACCAAGCAUCAAGGGCUUUAGCUUUGAGGAUAGUCGCCUUAUGGGGGGGAACUGGAUGAGGGAGUCCAAUGCAGAUAUGAUCUUACUGUUUUUACGAAUAUUAGCAGUUUGUCAUGCAGCGAUUCCUGAGGUAAAUGAAGAGACUGGCGAUAUUACCUAUGAAGCUGAGUCACCAGAUGAAAUAGCAUUUCUUGUUGCAGCAAGAGAAUUCGGGUUUGAGUUUGUCAGAAGAACUCAAUCAAGCGUAUUUGUCCGUGAGAGAUAUCCUUCCUCAGGAAAUCCAGUUGAAAGAGAAUAUAAGAUUCUUAAUCUCUUGGACUUCACUAGUAAAAGAAAGCGAAUGUCGGUGAUUGUGCGGGAUGAACAUGAGCAGAUUAUGCUAAUGUGCAAAGGCGCUGACAGCAUCAUUUUUGAACGUUUAGCUAAGAAUGGAAGAACAUAUGAGGAAAGUACUACGAGACACUUGAAUGAGUAUGGAGAGGCCGGGUUGCGUACGCUGGCGCUUGCUUAUAAACCACUCGACGAGGCUGAAUAUACAGCUUGGAACAAUGAGUUUGUCAAAGCAAAGACUUCGAUCGGGGUCAACCGAGAGGCGAUGCUUGAGAAAGUAUCUGAUGUGAUGGAGAGGGAAUUGAUUCUCGUAGGUGCUACAGCUGUAGAGGACAAACUACAGAAAGGGGUACCUCAGUGCAUCGAUAAGCUUGCCCAAGCAGGCCUUAAGAUCUGGGUUCUUACUGGAGAUAAGAUGGAGACUGCAAUCAACAUCGGAUUUGCUUGCAGUCUGCUGAGGCAGGGGAUGAAGCAGAUUUGCAUAUCGGCAAUGAACUCCGACGCGAACCCAGAUGUGAAAAAGGCCGUGAAGGAAGACAUUUCGAUGCAAAUUACCAAUGCCUCCCAAAUGAUCAAGCUUGAAAAGGAUCCGCACGCUGCAUUUGCAUUGAUUAUUGAUGGUAAAAGUCUCACUUAUGCUUUAGAAGAUGACAUGAAGCAUCAGUUCCUCAGAUUAGCAGUUGAUUGCGCGUCAGUCAUAUGCUGUCGUGUCUCUCCGAAACAGAAAGCACUGGUGACAAGGUUGGUGAAAGAAGGAACUGGAAAAACGACUUUAGCAAUUGGUGAUGGUGCCAAUGAUGUUGGAAUGAUUCAGGAAGCCGAUAUUGGAGUAGGGAUUAGUGGGGUCGAAGGUAUGCAGGCAGUCAUGGCUAGCGAUUUUGCUAUCGCCCAGUUUCGGUUCCUGGAAAGACUUUUAGUGGUCCAUGGGCACUGGUGCUACAAGAGGAUCACUAAUAUGAUAUGCUAUUUCUUCUACAAAAACAUUGCAUUCGGCUUGACUUUCUUCUACUUCGAGGCUGUCACGGGCUUCUCAGGGCAAUCCAUAUAUGACGAUUGGUACAUGAUACUCUUCAAUGUCUUUGUCACAUCAAUUCCUGUCAUCUCGCUCGGCGUGUUUGAGCAAGACGUCUCCUCUGAAAUCUGCUUACAGUUUCCGGCUCUGUAUCAGCAAGGGCCUAGAAAUCUGUUCUUCAACUGGUACAAGAUACUCGGAAUGAUGUUCAACGGCCUAAUUGCUUCGGUAAUCAUCUUCUCGUUCAACGUCCUCCUCUUCGCCGAGCAAGCGUUCCGCAGAGGAGGGCAGACUGCCGACAUGGCGGUCGUGGGGACCACCAUGUUCACUUGCAUAGUUUGGGUGGUGAACUGCCAGAUCGCGCUCUCGAUGAGCCACUUCACCUGGUUCCAGCACAUCUUCAUAUGGGGCAGCGUCGCCUUCUGGUACUUGUCCCUCUUCAUCUACGGCAUGCUUUCCCCGAUGUACACGGGCAACGUCUACCAAAUCCUCGUCGAAGUCCUAGGCCCGUCGAUCAGCUACUGGUGGAUCAUCCUCGUGGUCACGGUCACCUGCAACCUGUUCUACUUCGUCCACAUAUCCAUCGAGCGGUGUUUCUUCCCGAUGGACCACCACAUCAUCCAGGAGAUCAAGUACUCCAGGAAGGACGUCGAGGACAGGCACAUGUGGACCCGGGAGCGGUCGAAGGCGAGGCAGAAGACCAAGAUCGGCUUCACGGCCCGUGUCGAGGCGAAGAUCAGGAAUUUGAGAGGGAAGCUGCAGAAGAAGCAGUCGAUCCUCAUAACGAAUAAUGCAGCAGCAUCCCCCAGAUCACGACGAGAGGAAAGACCAUAGAUCAAGCAGGCAGCAAUCGGCAUCCUCGGACUGUUCAUCCUCCGGUUCGGCUCGAUCGAAUUACCUGCAUUACGCACGGUUCAUGUAAAACCGAAGAUGCCGGUUCGAUGAGGAAACACAAGUGAUAGGGAAAAAUCAAUAGAUAUCAUAUUGUAUAGGCAGGCACAUUUUUUGAAUCUGCUGCAUAAUUUCUUGAACAAUGUCGGACGAUUCACAUCGAUUUCACAUUUGAAAGAAAGGUCGAAUCUACCCUCUUGGCAAA